CUUAUUUUUCUUAAAUCGACCGUAUUAAUAAAGUGAAUGAAAGGUGCGAUAGUGGACGCUUCAAUGGAUUAGGGCAGUAAUGGGCGUGUUUAAUCGUUUUCAAAUAAGAUGGAUAGGGGAAGAAAAAUCGUCAACACGACAAUAGAUAGGCAUUGGUUAUAAAUUGGGCUGAUAUCGGCAUAUAUACUUGUGUAGUAGAUUAUACUGUAUAUUCCUCCAAUAUUUAGCCGGUAUAUGGGUUUUUACGAACAUUGAUGCUUUCGUUAUUUAGUUCCUUCUCCACAGUGCUCGCUUUUAGUCUGCAUAAAAUUUUGACGGAACCAAUUGGCGACGUAUGAACGGGUCAAUUACGGAUUUUCAAAAGAAAGGUGAAGUUCAACACAUUUAAAAUUACUUCCGUUAUUUAUUAUAGAUCUUUUACUUCUCUACUUCUAGAUAUUUCAAAAUAUGACUUCCACUCCGGAGAAUAAUUCAGUUCCACGACAACGUUCGUCCCAAGAGAACGCUAAUGGAAACGAUGGAUUGUCAACACCAAACGAAGAUGGAAACAAUUCGAUCAACAGCUGUAUCAAGACUUCAAGAGACUGAGCAACGACCAGUCUAGAGACAAAGAUGACAUGCUGAUGAAGCGGCAGCAUGGUUUCAGGUGGGACUGUUCAGUGGCGUUACCUUUAUCGUGGGAACUCUGAUCGGCUCCGGCAUCUUUGUAUCAGCGGGAAGUCUUCUAGACAAGUAGGUUAUGAAUUUCAAAAAAUGAAAACAAAAUCAAAUAACAAAUUCACGACCCUUUUUUAUUUUAUUUGCAGUGCGGGGUCUCCUGGAUUAUGUCUCGUUCUCUGGUGUGUGUGUGGUGUCUACUCUUUACUAGGUGCCAUAGCUUAUUGCGAGAUUGGUACGUUGAUACCUAAAUCUGGAGGAGAAUACAUAUAUUUUCUUGAAGCAUUUGGGCCGACGCAUAAAUUCUUUGGGCCAAUAUUAGCCUUCAUCUUCGCUUGGGUUACAGUGUUUCUAAUUAACCCUUCAUCGGUAGCAAUUUUAUCGCUUUCAUUCGUCAAGUAUUUCAGUUCGCCUAUCCUGACGGCAGUAAAUUUUUGUCCGGAUGAUUAUUUAACCUACGUUUUAGAUCGACUUCUGGCUACCAUUUGUAUAGGUCCCCUUACUUUUGUUAACUGUUACUCGAUAAAGGGCGCUACGCACGUACAAAACAUUUUCACGGUUGGAAAACUGACUGCCAUUGCCAUCAUUAUUGGUGGAGGAUUGUAUUACCUAGGUUUAGGGUACACUGAAAAUCUGGAAAUUGGGUUUGAAGGAUCAGCCUCUUCGUUCGGACAAAUAGCUACGGCAUUCUAUGGUGGACUCUGGGCUUAUAGUGGCUGGAACAAUCUAAAGUUUAUUACGGAAGAGCUGAAAAAUCCGUACAGGAAUCUGCCGUUGGCCAUUAUUAUCGCUCUUCCAUUAACCACCAUCUGUUAUGUGCUCAUCAACGUUUCCUAUCUAACUGUUUUAACACCACAACAGAUAAUCUCCUCGCAUGUGGUUGAUGUGGACUGGGGAGAUGCAGUGCUGGGCUGUGGGCUCUGCCAGUUUCUUUAUUCCGCUCGGAGUAGUGAUAUCAGUAGUUGGUACAACAAAUGGAACGUUGUUUGCUGCAGGAAGGAUCUCACAUGUAGUUGGGCGAGAAGGUCAAUCUCCUGAUUUUCUGUCUUACAUACACUUUGAAAGGAAGACGCCCAUUGCUGACCAGUCUCUUGGGGAUACUUUUGAUCAUCCCAGGAGAUAUAGCUUCGCUAAUAGAUUUCUUCGGAUUCGCAAUUUCAAUCUUUUAUUGCGCUGCUAUGGUGGUGUUGAUAGUAAUGGGAUUCACGAAAAAAGACGAACAUAGACCAAUUAAGGUGCUACUAGCAGAUUCUAUUAAAUUCCUGUCCCUUGGUUUUUUCAUUGUUAAUCAUUUCUUGGUAAAUAAAGGUGCCCAUCAUCAUCAUUCCAGUUAUUGUUAUGGUGGUUUCGACUAUCCUGGUCGUCGCACCCAUAGCCGCGGCCCAACAAGUGCAAUACUUCUAUGUCCCACUUUUCAUUUUCGCUGGUCUUAUUUUCUACAUACCUUUCGUAUAUUAUAAGUAAUCGUUAAUAAGUAAAAUGCCAUUCCGUGUUUUAAUUAAUUAACCUUCAUCCCCUUUCUUUUUCUCAUCUUCACACAGGUUUCAUCACAAUUUUCUUCCAGAAGUUGUUUCAGAUAGUCCCAACUAGUCACUAAUUUGAAGAAAGAUAAUAAAUAUGACAAAUCAUCAUUCAUCACGAGUCACAAUUAUCAGCACCCCUAAAAAAUAAAUUUUAUUUUCUUUUGUUUCCUAUAAUUUCUGUGCAUUUUUUACGAUGUAAUAGUAGAAGCAAACACAACACAACACCUAUUAUUUGAUACAACCCUCCACACAAGAUAACUUGCGCAAUUUUUUUCUUUAGCAAUUGUCACUCCAAGAUCUCUUAGAGUUCUAUUGUCGGGUAUUUUUAUAAUAUUUAAAAAAAGAG